UGGGUUGGAUCGAGCAUGGGCUCGGCCAGUCGGCUAUUGCAAAAUUUGCAGAAGUUCCAUUGACUAUUUAUAUUAGUAGGGCAGAGGAUAGGGCUACCGUUUAUUGUCUAUCUAUCACAUAGCAAAGUGUUGAGUUGCUAGGCUGGUAACUGAGAGUAAUGCGCCUAUGGUUUAUGAGUUUAUGGUGGAAUAGUUAACACUAAACAUGAGUUGUGAGAUUGUAAAAGAGGACUGCCUUGCAUGGGCAGCUAGAGAUCCAUCUGGAGUCUUAUCACCAUACAAGUUCAGUCGUAGGGAUGUUGGUGGAGAUGAUGUUUCACUAAACAUUACACAUUGCGGAGUCUGCUAUGCUGAUGUUAUUUGGACAAGGAAUAAACAUGGAGAUUCAAAGUAUCCCUUGGUGCCAGGACAUGAGAUUGUCGGAAUUGUAAAGGAAGUUGGUUCCAACGUCAGCCGCUUCAAGGCUGGUGACCGUGUUGGAGUAGGCACUUAUGUCGGCUCAUGCAGAGAUUGUGAGUACUGUAAUGACGGGCAAGAAGUUAAUUGCGUAAAAGGGACAGUUUACACUUUUAAUGCUAUUGAUGUCGACGGUACAAUCACAAAAGGAGGAUAUUCUAGCUACAUUGUUGUCCAUGAAAGGUACUGCUUUAGAAUACCAGAUGAUUAUCCUAUGGCCCUCGCUGCUCCUCUGCUUUGUGCUGGAAUUACUGUUUACAAUCCCAUGAUGCGACAUGGGAUGAACCAACCUGGUAAGUCCUUAGGGGUUAUUGGGCUUGGUGGUCUUGGUCACAUGGCAGUGAAGUUCGGGAAGGCCUUUGGACUGAAAGUAACAGUUUUUAGCACAAGCAUAUCCAAGAGAGAGGAAGCCUUGAGUGUGCUAGGCGCUGAUGAUUUUGUUGUCUCAUCAGACCCAGAGCAGAUGAAGGCCUUCUCUAAAUCAAUGGAUUUUAUAGUUGACACAGCAUCUGGUGACCACCCAUUUGAUCCAUACAUGUCAACUUUGAAGACUGCUGGAGUUUUUGUUCUAGUGGGGUUCCCAAGUGAAGUCAAAUUCUCUCCCGCAAGUCUCAAUCUGGGUAUGAGAACCAUAUCUGGCAGCAUUACAGGUGGUACGAAAGUGACACAAGAAAUGCUGGACUUUUGUGCUGCUCAUAAAAUUUAUCCCAAGAUAGAAGUAAUUCCUAUCCAGUAUGCAAAUGAAGCUCUAGAAAGGUUGGUAAAGAAAGAUGUUAAGUAUCGAUUUGUUAUAGAUAUUGAGAACUCCUUGGAGUGACACUACGGAAGCAAAGAGAAUAUGUGACUCAAAUAAUUACUUAGAAGGGCCAUCAUAUGGCAAUAGAUCUGGAACCCUUCUUUUGUAUAAGAGAGGAAAUAAGUUUAGAUCUUGUAUACAUAUAAGCUGCUGAAGUAAUUACGCUGCCUGACUAAAUCAGUGAAGAAAAUAUGGUAAUAGAAUAAAUUUUACUAUUGAAUAUUAGCGUCAAGAAUUUGAAUGGCAA